UGUCAACGUUACUGUGAAAGUAAUGCAAUUAUUAAAGUUAAAGUACCAAUGAUUGUCACACACACACGAGGUGUGGCGAAAUUUGUCCUCUGCAUUUGACCCAUACCCUUGUUCACCCCCUGGGAGGUGAGGAGAGCAGUGGGCAGCAGCAGUGCCGCGCCCGGGAAUCAUUUUUGGUGAUUUAACCCCCAAUUCCAACCCUUGAUGCUGAGUGCCAAGCAGGGAGGUAAUGGGUCCCAUUUUUAUAGUCUUUGGUAUGACUCGGCUGGGGUUUGAACUCACAACCUACCGAUCUCAGGGCGGACACUCUAACCACUAGGCCACUGAGUAGGUAACCAGUGAUUUGCUGUGAAUUUACAAUGAAAAUGUUUACAUUAUAUAUGCAUAUAUAUUUGUAAAUUGGGUAUGCAAUGUUUCCAUCUAUAUACGUUACUUACAUAUGUGUGUUGACUGCAAAUCAAGCACAAGUCGAGAGGGAGGCCAAGCUCUCUCUCUCUCUCUCACACACACAGACACACAGGGAUGACUUGAGAGGGUCGGAGUGGGAGGGGCUGUGUCGCCAUGGCUACAGGCUGCAAAGCCCACAAGAAAAAGGUAAAAGCAAAAGUGGUCAAACUGUCAAGGUCUCUUCUUUACAACUCCCGGCCACUUCAGAGUGUUGUUUCUUUUUACCUAGGACAGUUUUCAUCCCGAUGACGUGAACUUGUGGAGGAUUUGUCUCUUUUCUCGUGUUUACUCUGAUGGGGAACACGUCAGGAUUGCAGCCAUAUGGAGGCCAAGUCACCGCCAGAUGAUGUAAGCAUCUUUGCAGUGAUGCAGGUGAACAAACACCUGUGGUCCACAGAGGAUCAUAAGGAAUGCCCGCCAAUGAUGACACAGAAGGUCCCUAAAGCAGCCAAACGUCACUAAAUCCUUCACCAUGACACCCAGAGGCAGAGUUCCACCCUACAACCUCCUCAGCACUUUCUCUCCCGCCACCUCCGCGCCCUCGCCGGCUUUCUGUAGCAUCGACGAGUCGUACAAGUACAUCUUCCUCCCCAUCUGCUACUCCUUCACCUUCAUCUUCAGUCUCUCUCUCAACGCCGUGGUCCUAUACCGCUCCUUCCGCCGCACCAAGCGCUGGAACGCCUCGCUGAUCUACAUGGUCAAUCUGGCCUCCACGGACUUCAUGUACGGCCUGUCGCUGCCCUUCUUGGUGGCCAGCUAUGUCAUGCGGGACCGCUGGGUGUUUGGGGACUUCAUGUGCCGCCUGGUCCGCUUCCUCUUCUACUUCAACCUCUACGGCUCCAUCUUCUUCCUCACCUGCAUCUCCGUGCACAGGUACCUGGGCAUCUGCCACCCGAUGAAGGUCAUCACCCUGGAAACCAAGAAAGCGGUGAAGUGCACGUGCGUCCUGGUUUGGAUUGUUGUCUUUGCGCUCACCUGUCCCAUCUUCCGCUUUGCUCAGACGGGUCACGUGACCAGAGCGCCGGGACAACUGGGCAGCAACACGAGCGGUGCUGUCGACAAGUUAGCACUCGGUGCUAACGAAAGCCAUGUUGUCUUUGAGGAGUACCAGAACUGUUGGGACGAUGCCAUAGACAAGGAGUUCUCCGAUUACGUCCCCUAUGGCAUUAUUCUCCACUUGUUGGGCUUCUUUGUCCCCUUCUCCAUCAUCGCCUGGUGUUACUCCCAUGUGGUCCUCACCAUCUUCAAGACACUGCACUCUCGGCCUUCUUCUCGGCGAGGAUAUGCCGGCGUGGACAAGAGCCCCCUCGGGAGACGAGGACACAACAAAAUGUCCAGGCCGCCGGGUAGGGAGGAAGGUGUUUCUGUUUUCUUGGGCGCCAACUCGCCUUAUGCCAGCCGCAGACGAAAAUCCAUCAGGACCAUCAUCACCAUCACCCUCCUCUUCGCCCUGUGUUUCUUCCCCUUCCACGUGACCAGGACCAUCUUCCUGCUCUUGAAGGUGACCAAGGGAGUUCCAUGCCGCACCAUGACCAUGGUGUCCAUGUGCUACAAGAUCACCAGGCCCUUGGCAUCCUUCAACGCCUGGCUCAACGCCCUCCUCUACUUCCUUACCAAAGACAAGGGCGGAGCACACUGCUGCCCCCCCGCCAACGCCACAAUGCAACACGGGGGGCCUCUGCUGCCCCUGAGGAUGGUGGGGAAGGGGGAGGAUGUUGAGGAGGGCCCUGAGGCCAUUCCACAACAGCUGGUCAUACACGAACAGAGCAAAAGUCACAUAUUUGGUUGACUGAUUUCACACAUGAAGAGGAAUGUGCUUUCACUUCUUAGGUCACCUUUUUCCUCUUUCAAAUCAUACUGAGGACAAUAUUAGAUGAACAGGAUCCAGAAAUUCCACUUGCUGAAUGCCCUCAUUUCCACUUGUCCACCACCUGUCAAAACUUUUCAAUGACAUUUUGGAGACUAAAACAUCCCUUAUAAUCAACGUUUGCGUAUUCCCAACAAGAUUACUACUUAUGAUUUUCUUCUCGUCAUCUGUCACAGUGGCACAACAAUAUUAUAAAUGCUGCAAAAAUACUGACAAGCGUGAAUAAAUUUUGACCUCAAUGAAACAAAUAUUUUGUGGUUGAGGGACUCACUAAUGGGUAGAUUAGCUGUACGUAAACUAUUCUCACCUUCUUAGUGUUUGAGUUUUCACUUUUGCUUGCUUUUACUUCACUUAGACCAGAGUGGAGUAUUAAAGAGAGUAUGGCCAACUAUACCACAGGCUAGUUUUUCUGACGAAAUAAACCAAAAAUAAUACAGCUAAAUAUAGUUCUAAACAUACUCCAGCUCAUAAUCUUACAAUAAAACAUGCUUUUAUUUCGUCAAAGUAUAAUUUAGCAGCCGUAUUUGGCGCACUCUGCUGCUAAAUUUCUUGCCGUGUUUAGUGACCAGCAGGCUCCCUAACACCCUCCCGACGGCGCAAUGAACGUAAAAAAAACUUCAAUGAAUGACCAAAAAAAUAAGUUAUUACCCUCAUUCUGCUUUAAACAUAAUUUUAAUUGGAAAUGCACCAGAUCAUUGAAUUUCAAUAAUUUUGAUUCAA